AUGCCAUGCUCCUUGAGCCCUAAGCGACAGAAUUCUGGAGGCAUUCAGACCACAUGGCAAGACAUCACUUCGUCAAGGCCAGCGGUUUCUCUGGCCUGUUCUGGGCCCGUUGAAGUCGGUGGCGUGGCUACCCUAUCUGGUCGCACCAACGACGUCGGGACAAAUUCAGACGGAAACGGGGCUAUUGAAACAACAGUUUCCAGUCUUCCCGCUUGCAAGAACCAGACAGUGAAAUUGAGCUGUCUGAAGGACGAAAAUGAUAAAGAAACAGAAGAAGAUGAAGAUAGGAGAAUGGAUGCAGAGGUUCUGGGACAGCCGAGUCAGAGACAAAAUGUGGCUGGUUCGCUCUCUGAAAUGGGCGUUAGGCGCGUCUGCCCUUUCGCCCUUUCUGCCUCACUACUUCCUCACGUCCAUCCGGUCUGCUCCUCGGUUGACCGGCUCAAAUCCCCCGGACCAGUCAUUUUAACCCAAUUCUGCGACCCAACCCUUCCGGUUUUCGGAGCCCUAGAACAAGGCUUAUCCAGGCCAGAUGAAAAGUCAACCAGCACCAGAGUGGCAGUCUGA